AUGGCGGACCCUAGCGGCGGAACAUCAGCGCGCUGUCCGGCGGCGGAGCAACCAGCGCCGCCGCCGCCUCCGCCCACCCACCGCCGCCCCAGGGUCAGGGAAGUCAGUUCCCGGUUCAUGUCCCCCCUGACCCACUCGAAUUCGACCCCAAUCCCUAACCCUACCGACCUUCCGCGCUCGAAAUUGGCCCGCCACCGCCACCCGCCGACCGGCGACGAGAACCACGCGCCAGAGGUGAACCGGAGCCUAGACAGGCCCUCGUCGUCGUCCUCUUCCUCGAUCCUCUCAACCGUGCUGAGGAAACCACACCACCACCCCCCGCAGCGCGUUAGGCACCCGCCGCAAACCGGAGACCCCAAAUCCCAUCCAAAUCCCGACGCUAGGGUUUCGUCCAGGCCCGACACGCCAAUUGCCACGUGUAUGGACAGAAUCGUCCCGUCACGUUACCGGCAGGUCACUCCCAGCAUCCAGCGGUCCAUUUCACUGAACAGCAGCGGCUCCUCCUCUGUCACGACCGCCGCCAGGCUCCUGCAGGAAGCCACGUCAGAUGUGCAGAAAAAGCUUCCCAGGAUUUCCAUGUCGAGCCGUGAUGACUCAGACCCGUGCAGCAGCACGGCUUCGAAUCAGGGAAGUUCAUCUUGCCCAAACUCUCCGAUUUGCGUUCCGAGCAGUAAACAAAGGAUUGUUCCGGAUAUUCGGGCUUCAAUGCCAGACAUGGAUAAAUGGCUUACGGAUAUGAGUUUUGGUGGGAAAGUGACGGGCGAUUGUACGCGCUCGUUGAAUUUUUCCUCGUCUUCCGUGAAAAUGGGGGGAGUUAUUGCCCUGCCUCCCCAUCCUUCCUCGAAUGUGAGGUUAGGAUUGGAUUCGAAGAAAGGAAGGAAAGGAAAUAAUAAUCAGCAAGAAGAUGUGCAUUCGGUCAGGAUGUUGAACAAUCGUUAUCUUCAAUGGCGUUUGGCAAAUGCAAAAGCGGAGGCCACGGCUCGUGCUCAGAAGGAGGAAGCUGAGAGAAAGUUCUUUUCGCUCGGUGCAAAGUUAUCAGAUAUGCGCGAAAAUGUGAGAAGGAAACGCAGUGAACUUGCAGUGUUGAGAGGAAUAAAAAAUUUUACAACUAUCGUCGAAGCCCAGAUGCCAUAUCUCGAUGAAUGGGAUAAUUUGGAAAACGAGUACUCAACUUCUCUAUUGGAAACAACAAACGCAUUGCUCAGUUGCUCUGCUAGACUUCCCGUUGGGGGAUUUGUGCGGGCUGAUGUUGGGGAGCUGAUAGAGGCUCUUGGCUCGGCUCUUAAGGUGAUUGAGUCGAUAGGCUCUCAUACCCAGAGGUUUACACAAGAAGCAGAAAAAAUGGAUGUGUCAGUGUCUGAACUAGCUAGGGUGGCUGGUGGCGAAAAGGCGCUUAUCGAGGAGUGUGGAGACUUACUGUCCAAGACAUAUGUCUCACAGGUGAAAGAAUGCAGCCUCAGGAGUACUUUGGUACAGGUUCACAACAGUAAUUCACAUCAAAAACAUAAGAGUGGAGAAGAUAUACUUUAG